UUUACAAAAAAUGGAUACUUUAAUUUAAUAAGUAAAUAUAAAUUAAAUAUUAAUUUAAUUUUAUAGUUAAAAUCCAGAUCCAGGGUUCGUGCUAAAAGCUAGGUUGUGAUUUUCUUGAAGUUGAUAUUCUAUGCAUUGAUGUUGUUCGGUGUUCCGUGUCUCUGGUAAUUCCUCUUGUAAAAACACAAAUGUUCGAAUUAUUUUAAUAAGCUGUUUUAAACUUUUAAGUAUGGCAUUGCGUACAAUUUUAAACUUAGAUAUAAGGGCUUUACAGGGUGUCUUCCAGCAAUUUCUCCCCAUUUCCCACAAUGUUAGCAUGCAAUUUGUUCGGCAUCGACGUACAAAACAUUGGAAUCCUAAAUGGAAACUUUUCAGACGGCUUAAGGUUAUAAAAGUUGAUUUGCCCAAAUUUAAUGAAAAACGCAGUGAUUUGACUGAAGAAGAAAUUAGAUCCAGACUAAAGGAACAUGGAUUAUUACCAGCAAGACCAUGGUUAGAAAGACAAUUUUUUAUUAGCUCCACAGGUGGAGUGUUUGAAGCUUAUGUUCCUCCUGAGGGAGAUGGGAAAGUUUCACCAGUGUCCACACAAGGUGCAAAACAAAGUCUUCAACAUUUAGAGAAAAAAACCAAAACCAUGAUGGCAAUUCGAAAAAUCAGGCAGUUUGAGGAAGAUUUUGAUUCUCCAACCUUUUGCAAAGAAGCAACGAACAUAUAUAUCAAAAUGCAUGAGCUUAUGGCGGCCCGGGACACAGAAAAUAUUAUUUCUUAUGUGACAGAAAAAGCAUAUCCAGAAGUAACACACAAUAUCCAUAACAAAACAAUACAUUGGAAAUAUAUCAAGGAUAUUGAGUCCCCAAGAAUUGUUCAUGCUAGGUGUACCGAUGUGGUAACCAAAGAAAAUAUUUUUGCUCAGGUUACUAUUAGGUUUCACACACAACAAAUACUUGCAAUCUAUGAUCGUUUUGGCAGAUUAAUGCAUGGAAGUGAAAUUCUUGCCAAAGAUGUUUUAGAAUAUGUAGUGUUUGAAAAACAUAUAGUAAAUGAGUAUGGCAAAUGGAGAGUGCAUUCCAAAAUUAUACCAGAAUGGCUACCGCCCAAGCAGCCAUCUAUUACCACAUUAAAAAUGGUGGAACAAAAUGAACAAUAAAUUAUAAAUAGAGCAAUGUAAUCAGAAAAGCCUAAACAUAUUUACUGUUUAAUUUUAUUUUGGACCCUUAAAUAACUUGAACUGGUAUCAGCGCCUAUAAAUAGUUACAAAUUAUUUAAUAGCUUUGUGCUGCUUUUUUUUGUUUUAAAUGUGAAGUCGCUUAAACAUAGAGGUCAGCGUUUAUGCUGUUG